AUGGUUGUUAGGGUCUUUACUCUCUAAACCUGAGAGAGAGAGAGAGGAGAUAGAGAGAGCCCCUACAUACAAAUUCGUUGCAUGUCGCUGCAUUCUUUUUGAGUCAAAAUGGCGACUCGAAUGGGUUUCCAGGACACCAGAUUGUUUGAGUUUUCACUUAUUUGAGAGUUAAAUUAUGGAGUUAGACAAGCAUCAGUCGAAGGUUGGUAAGCGAAUGAAUAUGGAAGAGGAAUACAAAGAAACGUCGCAUAAUGAGGUUGGUUCGGGGAGAGAAUUUGAAGAUGGUAGAAGUCGGUGUUUAGAGUUUGAAGAGAGGAGUAAGAGGGCUGAAGAAAGGGGUGCUGUGUUGGAAUUGGAGAUUGCGAAUAGCUUCAGUGACUUUGAAUUGCUCGAGGGUAAGUACGUAGCAUUGGAAGUUGAAAAACUUGCAAUUGAAGAUGAGCUUAGGGUUUUGAAGCAGAAGAAUGCUGAACUCGAAGUGCAGAUACUAAAGAUUGACAUUGGUAACGAUGUUGGCAGUGAGGGAGAGAGAAGGAUGGAAACGAUAGUUGAUUUGACAGAGGAUAAUGACGAGGAAGAUAAGAUUUUGCAGUUGAUGAUUGAGAAUAAGGUUUUGGACUGUGAGAAGAGAAAGGCUGAAAGAGAUGUUGACAUUUGGAUGAUGAAGUGUAAAGAACUGGAGUUGCGAGUGUUAGGGUUGGAGGAGAGUUUGGCAUUAAGAAGUGGGGAAUGUGCAUCGACUAGAAUGAUGAAACCAGUAUUGGAGUCAACAGAGAUGGGUGCAGAAGCGAUGAGUGAACCAAGAGGUUUAAACGGUGGAAUGGAUGUUGCUUCUAGCUUAGGAAAUUCGCAACUGGCAAAUAAGAUAGCAACUAGAGAUGAAAUAAUACAUGGUGCAACUGGUGCAGGCUCAACUUGCUAUCCCUCUGCCAAAGAAAUUGCAGUUCUGAAAGCCUCAGGCGCACUUUCAAUAGACACACCAUUGAAGCAGUCCAAACAAGUUGCGGGAGGAAAGAGUCCCAUUAUUUCUGGAAUUGAACUGGAACAUGAUACCGCAGUUAGAAAACAGUUGGCAUUUGGAGAAGAAGGGAGCCCGAACAAGAAGAUAGCUCCACCUACGCCAUGUGGUGCAAGACCAGCAUCUGUUGGUGUCAUUGAUAUCAGUGACAACGAGGAUGAACCAAAUGAUACCCUGCUCCACGUGCCUACUCUUGAAAUUCAUGCAAGUGGUUUAAGUGAUAUUGCAUUAGAAGGUGCUUUGGGGAAAAAUAAAGUGGCUUUUAACAAUAAUUUGAAGAGGAAGCUUUUGGACCAGAGUGAUGAGGAGGAUAUGGAUGGCUAUAGGAGCAAUUUCGCAUCUGUUUUGACUCCAAAAAGAAAAAAAGCUUCUAAUUUUGUUGUUAGUGAUAGUGAGAACGAUGAUGAUGAUGUUCCAAUAUAUUCUAAGCAUACCCAGGAACUAAAUACAUCUCAUAUGAGUGGCUACGCGGAGACUGCAACAGAUUCUAGAGGCAAAGUUAGGAAAUCUGUAGCUAGGCGGCGCCUAGUGCCAUUGAGACAAAGUGAAGUGAAAGUUGGUCCAGAAGGCAGCAGAUCCCCUAGUAAUUUGAAGACCACUGAAAUCAAAUAUCAAUCUGGAAUCCUUGCAAAUGAGGAUAUUGAAUAUGAUGAAAUGGAAGAUGAUGGAUCAGACAGUGAGGGUGAAAGCUUGGGGGGAUUUAUCGUUGACAAUUCGGAUGUUUCUGAUGGUGAUGGUGCUUCUGACAAUGAUAAUUCUUUCGAUUGUGAUGAUGCUUCUCGUGAAUUAGAAGAUGCAUCAGAGAGCAAUAUGGACCUGGAUGAGAUUUUAUCUCAAUUUCGAAGGGAUAGAGACCAUAGCUUCAAGUGGGAGUUUGAAGCAGAUAUGCUAGCUGCUUUUGGUAAGGAUCUGGAACUAUGUAUGAAGGCUGUAUGUGCUCUUUAUCGACAGCAAACAUCUGAGGAGAAAUUUUGUAGAGGAACAAUAUACCAAAACCAACGAGGGUUUAGCCAGUGUGAUGCACUCAGGGGCACUGCGUUGGCUGAAUUUCUUACUGAUGGAGACCCAAAAGGUGAUCUGAAGAAAUCUGUGCAUGAGUUGAAAGACAAUGAUCCCAAAUGGAUUGAACUAUGCAGAACACUGGCGACUCGAUACUCUAAGCAGUUAUUUGCAAUCUACAAGAAUAAAGAGGACCCUCUUUUUCUCCCUUCCUGACCUGGCCCCCUCAAGAAUUUUUUUUCUUCUUUCAAAUUGAAGGCUAGUUAAUAGUUCAAGCUCAGUUUCGAGCCCAACCUAGACACAAAUAUUUUUGCUAUAAAUAUUGUGUCGAUAGUAAAUUAUGGAGAUAGUAUGGAGUUGGUUUUAUGUGUGAUCUGCGAUGUAUCUACUCGUUACCUGUACUUUGACAUGAAUCUUGUAUAUAUAGCAAUACAUGUUUCCUUGUUCGAGC